CAGGACUACGCAAGAGCAGGACCUCAGUAUUUUUAUCCUUUAUUACAAAUGGAGGAACACGAUGAUGCUCAGAACUGUUUUCCAGAACAUAACUCUUCUUGCAGAAAGUUUUUGCUAUCAACAUCGAUGUACAUAACACUGUACAUAUUCUUCUUAUCGAUUGGAGCGGUUACAGUCUUUUUGAACAUAUUGGUGGUCAUCUCUAUCUUUCACUUCAAGCGGCUCCACACUCCAACCAAUCUGCUCAUCCUUUCUCUGGCUGUGGCAGAUCUCCUGGUGGGACUGAUUGUGAUACCAGUAGGGACCGUAGCAAUAAUGGAAUCAUGUUGGUUUUUGGGGAAAUAUUUCUGUGUGUUUUAUGUCUACAUCAGUUAUUUCAUUCUAUCCCUAUCUCUCGGGAAUUUGGUAUUGAUAUCUAUUGACCGCUAUGUUGCUGUGUGUGAUCCCUUAUUUUACCACUCUAGAAUAACAUUAACAAGAAUUACAUGUUGUAUAUCCAUUAUAUGGUUUUGUUGUAUCAUAUACAAUGCUGCUUUCAUAAAAAUAACUGUAAAUGUAGAAGUACCUAGAAGGUGUUUUGAAGAAUGUUUUAUUGUUGAAGUAUAUGACUCGAGUAGCAUCAUUGACCUUGUAAUUACAAUGGUUGUCCCGUGCUCUAUUAUUAUAACACUUUAUUUGAAAAUAUUUGUGGUCGCCAGAUCACAGGCCAGAAAGGUAUUUUCAGUAGAGGUUGCCAUCCAGUCUGGUGUUAAAACUGUACAGGUGAAUAAGACUGAGAGAAAAGCAGCAAAAACUCUAUCUAUUGUAGUUUUCACCUAUCUAUCUUGUUGGACUCCAAUUUUUUUUAUGCAGUUUUUUUCUCACCAAUCAUCAAAUUACUUAAGCUUUCUGCCAUUUGUUAAUUCCUUAAUUAAUCCAAUAAUUUAUGCUUUCUUUUAUCCAUGGUUCAAAGUGACAGCUAAACAUAUUUUAACUCUGAAGUUAAGGCGUUUAUAAUUCUGUUUUUAUUUGACAAAUUUGAUAAUGUUAUUUGAAACUAUAUUGUUGUUGUAAUUGCUUAUUUCCAAAAUUAAUAUGUAUACAGGACAUGUUUGUCCUCUACAAAUUGUGCAAGCUACUUUUAUGUCUGUUAUAGAUUAUGGGGAUAUUAUUUACAUGCAUGCUAUGGCCUCAACACUUAAAUCGCUGGAUGCUACUUAUCAUUGCACACAGGUUUAUUACGGGUGCUGGCUACAGAACUCACCACUGUGUUUAAUAUCAAAAUGUGGAUUGGACUUCGCUGUCCGUGAGACGAGAACAACAUGCUCUCGUGUUUGUCUAUAAAGCACUUCUGAAAAAGUUACCUUCUUAUUUAUCAUCACUCAUCAAUAUUAGAAUUAGAAUUCCUAAACCCAGGUCUCAAGCAUGGAUUACACUUGAGGCCCAUGCGGUUUCCACAGAGUUGGGUAUGGCUGCCUUUUCCUGUUACGCUCCUUGCUUAUGGAAUAGCCUGCAGACUAAACUUAAACUUGAGACUCUUGUCCCCCUGUUGCUCAUUUUAAAUAUUUAUUGGAGCAUUUUUAUUUUUAUAUUGGUUGUAACGGUUUUGGGUAAUGCAAGUUCUUUUUAUUGAUUUUUUUAUUUAUUUUACCUUUAUUUAACCAGGCAAGUCAGUUAAGAACAUAUUCUUAUUUUCAAUGACGGCCUGGGAACAGUGGGUUAACUGCCUGUUCAGGGGCAGAACGACAGAUUUGUACCUUGUCAGCUCGGGGGUUUGAUCUCGCAACCUUCCGGUUACUAGUCCAACCACUAGGCUACGCUGCCACUGUUAGUAAAUGUAAUCUGUUUGUUUUGUGUCUGUGAUCGUUUUGUUUGUCUUGUUUAGUUUUUUAAUCAUUGUACCUAAACUGUAUGUGUAAACAUGUAUACGCAGGGCCCAGCUGUAAAAGAGACCUUGAUCUCAGUCUAUGUUCCUUGUUGAAAUGAAGAUAUACUAAAGUGUUUCCAUUAUUUUGUCAGUUACCUGUACAAUACUGCAUGAUACAAUACAACGUCCAGGUCUAACUCAAUGGUGUAUUGUGUAAGAAUUUGAUGGUAAAAGGUAACUACAUGCAAUUAUGACAUAAAUAAUAAUGCCCUAAAAUAGAAAUUUACACAAUGACAGGAGUUUGUGCAAGGCAUGUUAAUUGUCACAGUACAGUAGUUAGACUUGCAUUGUAAAUGUUCCUAGUGCCAAGUGUUUGGGAGCUACCUUUGAAGCUGUUGAGGAGGGCAAAUUUGAUUAAAUGGGUUAUAGUGAAUUAUUCAAAAUAUCUAUAUUUUUUGGGGUGAAAUGUUGUUUUACAAGGUAAUCACGUGAUUUGAUUGAUAUAACUAAACUGAAAAUCACAUUUCUAAGUCACUUUUUUGUAAUAGGGUGAUUGGUUCAGAGUACAGUGUGGUUGUUCUGAUGUCUGACAAAUAGUAUUUGUCCCCAUGAUAUAACUGAAUCAAAGUCUCCCUUAACUCGAAGAAGAAACUGGCCAACUGACAUGCUGAGUGACAGGCUAGAUGAGCUCAGAAACAUUCAAUCCUGUCAUACAUCAAUUGACCUCUAUGUUUCUGUUGUUGAUCCGUGAUUGUACUACUCUAAAAUAACAAUAAUAAGAAUAAUUUGUUGUAUAUCCAUUUACCUGGUGUUGUUGUAUCAUAUACAAUGCUGUUAUGAUAAAUGGCUCCCUAAAUAAGCUAAAGUUACGCCGUAGGUGUUAUGAAGAACAUUUUAUGGUUAUAGGAUUGUGCAUUGUUUCAUUUCUAAAUUAGGAGGUGCCGGAGCAAAAAGUGAGCCCGACAGGGGUUGACCUGCAUUGUAUGCAUAACCAUCGAUUUUGAGUACUGGCAUAUAGCAGUAGAGUCGAAGGCUUGGAGAAGUUGCACACAUGGGGAUCAUUUUUGUAGCCUAGGGGUCUGUGGAAAAUGUGACGUUUUAUAAACACAUUUCAAAUUCUACAUAAUUUUAGAAUACUUUUUAACACCUCUCAAAUUAUCUAAAUGACAGGCUACUUUGACACUGACAAACUGAGAAUCUGAGAUCAAUAAAAACGACCUUGUCUUGAAUUCAUCAAUGGCCUAGGCCUAGGUGUGUGGAGACACACAUAAUGUGUCCGGGCUAUGGCUAUGGCUAGGCCACUCAAGGACAUUCAGAGACUAGUCCCGAAGACACUCCUUUGUUGUUUUGUCUGUGUGCUUAGGGUCGUUCUCCUGUUGGAAGGUGAACCUUCGCCCCCGUCUGAGGUCCUGAGUGGUCCUUAUUUAAAAAUAAGAUAUUUAAUACUAAAUACAUUUCUAAAAACCUGCUUUUGCUUUGUCAUUAUUGGCUAUUGUGUGUAGAUUGAUGAGGAAAAACAUGUAAUUAAUCCAUUUUAGAAUAAGGCUGUUACGUAACAAAAUGUAAAUAAAUUCAAGGGGUCUGAAUACUUUCUGAAUGCACUGUAUGUGAGAGAUAUAGACCCGCUACUCUCUCUCUCUCCACAACAAUGGCCACGUGUUAGUCUAUAUAGGCUACAAUGUUGGCAAACCAUGAACCUGAUCCUGCCCAACACAAAUCAAUUCCUUGAACUAUGAUUGCUUUUUUUGUUGUAGAAUUUUUCCAUUGUAAACAUGGACAAUUGUUUUUCAUGCCUGCGAGGUACCGGAUCCUGCUAAAUGGGUUUAUGAACGAAACGGUCCAAAACUGAGAGGUGCCAACUCCUGUCCAGACAUGUAAGGUAUUUAAGUACUGUAAAAUAAAGUAC